AUGCCGAAGUCGAUAGACGCGCUGCCGCAAUCGGGCCGAUGGCAGCUCUACGUCCACAAGCUCCGCGCGUGGAUCCCCGGCGACGACGAGCAGCCGGUGCGUCCGUACCUCAUGCUCGUCGUGUCGACCGACGACGGCGCGUUCCUCGCGUGCGAGCCCGGGGACACGCCCGAGGACGCGUCCGGGGGGAACGUCGUCAAGGAGAAGCCCACCGCGGAGACGGUCUUGCGAUUCUUACGCCGUUGCAUGACGCACCCGCGGCUCAUGAACACGUCGAAAGCGGGCGAGCGACGGAAGCCCGCGCGCCCGAAGACGAUCCGAUUCGCGGACACCACGACCGCGAGCUUACACCUGGGCGACGAGUCGAAGUGGGCGGCGGAGACGGCGUGCGAAUACGUCGAAGGAUGCCGGGAAGGGUUGAAAGCGAUAGGCGUGUCGGACGUCUCGUUCGCGCCCGUGCCUCCGCAACUCGUGAACGACAUCAUCCGCGGGCAGAUCGAGCCGAACAUGGCGCCGGCGAACCAGGAGUGGGGAACGCAGCACUUGCCGGGUUUGAUGGAGUCCGUGGACGGGUUCACCCCGGCUUUCGGGGCGUCGUUGUUCGGCGCGGCGGCGGAUUUCGUUCGCGCGGCGCCGUGGGAAAAAAUCGCGUCGCGGCGGCCGAUACAACUCGCGUACCGCUUAGUCCUUCGCGAGGACGUCGCGAUGAAGAUAACGUCGUACGGAUCCGUCGUUGGCGACGCCGAGAGCGGCUCGUUCGGUCUGAGCGUGCACAAGACCGUAGAGGACGCGAUGAGGGCGUACAAGAUGGAGAACGGCGACGACGGCGACGACGACGCCGGCGCCGGCGAGGACGGCGGCCAAUCGUGCAUGUUCGGGUCGAUAUUCGAGACCCCGUUCGAGGAUAUCGACGCCGCGGAGGCGAACGCGUGGGACCUCGCGCCGAUGAUCGGCGAGUCCGACGCGAACGCGAAGUACUUCCCGCUGUUCUGUAAGAUCGCGGUCGAGAAGGGCGCGGACGGCGCCGAGGAUAGCCUCUCGGUGACGCGGCCGGCGAUCAUCGAGCUGCAGUGCUUCGAGCUCAUGAUGAAAGCGAUCGUGUCGCUGAUCAAGAGCGGGGAUUUAAAGAGCAUCGGGGACGACGUCCGCGACGGCGCGGGGCCGUGGACCGUGCGAGCGGACACGAUGGCGGGGAGCACUUCGAAGAGAGGGGACGCGGAGAUCGAGCGCGCGGAGAUCGAGCUCUCGGUGACGCUGCCGCCGAUCGAGUCCGCCGCGGGAGGGGGGGCGUACGUGUGA